AUGAUGCAACAAGUGUUUGCAGAGCAUGGCAUACCAGCAAAGGUGGUUAGCGACAAUGGACCCCAGUAUGCCAGUUACCAGUUCAAGUCGUUUGCAGAAUCAUGGGGUUUUGAACAUGCCACAUCGUCCCCCAGACGACCACAAGGCAACGGAUUUGUAGAGAGACAAGUCAGAACCAUUAAGGGUAUCAUGAAGAAUACUUCAGACAUUCAGCUAGCACUACUUCUUUGGCGUACAAAUCCCAUAUCAGAGAAACUACCAAGUCCAGCUGAAAUUCUCAUGAAUCGCCAGUUGAGAAAUACACUCCCAGCCAAGUUGCAGAGAACACAGCCAGAUGCUGAUGAAAUUCACAAUCAGCUAAAGGAAAGACAGAAUAGUCAAAAAUUCUAUUUUGACAAACAUGCCAGAAGAGCUGACUUGCCAGAGCUUUACCUUGGGCAAGAUGUAAGAUAUCGCGACCCUGUGAGCAGACGGUGGUGUCCUGCGACAGUAGAAACCAGGGCUGAGGGACAGCGCUCCUACAUUCUCCAGAGCCCUGAGGGACAUUGCCGACGACGAAACAGGCAGCACAUAAGACCUGACCAUACCGACCAGUCUGCAACUGAGGUUCCCGGGGGUGCUGAUAGCAACGGCCCAGGUGAUGACGGUGCCUCAUCCACUGACCACGAUGAGCAGUUGAGCACUCCACUUCGUGCGUUUCCCGAGCCUCGAAGUAGCCCAGGACGGGAGGAGGCUCCACCUCGAAGCCCAGGACGGGAGGAGACCCCUGAGCUUCCAGGGGAAGGAACUGGCUUGGACCUUUUUUCUGGCCUCCUUCAGAGAAAGGAGCCCACUGUUUUUGUUGGUGCUUUGAGGAGCACCGAGGAAGCCAGGACAGUGUUAUGUAGUCCUCGAGAGAAGCGCCUAUUCAUGCUCUUCAUUGACAGCAGCAGUUGA